AUGUCACAAGAAGAAUCUAAAGAGAUAAAGACAAUUGAACAAUGGAGAUGGUCGGAAAUGCAUGGUCUUGAGCUUUCAGGCUCUUCAAAUAACAGCACUACUCUUAACUCCAAUCCUCCUACUCAUCUUCAAGAAUUCCAAGCUUCAAAGAUGGAAGCUACUGAUGGCAAUGGAAAUAGUAAUAUCAAUGCAAAAAGAGAUGCACAAUCGUCGUCUUCGGGAUCAGCUGAUAAACCCAAAGAAGGACCGCCUCCGGUUGCGUUCAAAGAGUUAUUCAGAUUUGCUGAUAAAUUGGAUUGUAUUUUGAUGGGAAUUGGUUCUCUUGGUGCUUUUGUUCAUGGCUGUGCUUUACCCCUUUUUCUUAGAUUCUUUGCUGAUCUUGUUAACUCUUUUGGUUCUUACUCUAAUAACCCUGAUAAAAUGAUGCAAGAAGUUUUAAAGUAUGCAUAUUAUUUUCUUGUUGUUGGAGCAGCAAUUUGGGCUUCUUCUUGGGCAGAAAUUGCAUGUUGGAUGUGGACUGGAGAGAGGCAAUCAACAAAGAUGAGGAUUAAGUACUUGGAAGCAGCAUUGAGUCAGGACAUUCAGUACUUUGAUACACAAGUUAGAACUUCUGACAUUGUUUUUGCUAUUAACACUGAUGCUGCACUUGUUCAAGAUGCCAUCAGUGAGAAGUUGGGUAGUUUUAUACACUACUUAGCAACAUUUGUGACUGGUUUUGUGGUGGGAUUUACUGCUGUGUGGCAAUUAGCUUUGGUAACUCUUGCUGUUGUUCCUCUGAUUGCUGUUAUUGGUGGAAUUCACACUACUACAUUAGCUAAGUUGUCUAGCAAGAGCCAAGGAGCUAUGUCUCAGGCUGGGAAUAUCGUCGAACAGACAAUUGUUCAAAUUCGGGUGGUUUUCGCGUUUGUGGGUGAAUCAAAAGCCUUACAGACGUAUUCGGCAGCAUUGAAGAUUGCCCAAAAGCUUGGGUACAAGAGUGGAUUAGCAAAGGGUUUAGGAUUGGGAGGAACUUAUUUCGUGGUGUUUUGUUGUUAUGCUCUACUUCUUUGGUAUGGAGGCUAUCUUGUUCGGCACCAUUUAACUAAUGGAGGUCUUGCCAUUGCUACUAUGUUUGCUGUCAUGAUUGGUGGAAUAGGUUUGGGACAAUCAGCACCGAGUAUGAGUGCGUUUGCCAAGGCGAAAGCUGCAGCUGCAAAGAUUUUUAUGGUAAUCGAUCACAAACCAAGUAUUGACCGAAUCAAGGAAUCAGGAAUCGAAUUGGAAUCAGUUACGGGGCAAAUCGAGCUCAAAAACGUCGAAUUUGCAUAUCCAUCAAGGGUGGAUGUGAAAAUUCUCAACAACUUCUCACUUUCAGUACCUGCUGGAAAAACCAUAGCUCUUGUUGGUAGUAGUGGAUCUGGUAAAAGCACUGUUGUUUCUCUAAUUGAGAGAUUUUAUGAUCCCACUGAAGGACAAGUAUUUUUAGAUGGGCAUGACAUUAAAACAUUAAAGCUGAGAUGGCUGAGGCAGCAAAUAGGGUUGGUGAGCCAAGAACCCGCUUUAUUUGCAACCAGCAUCAAAGAAAACAUACUCCUAGGCAGACCAGAUGCUAGCAUGGUCGAGGUCGAAGAAGCUGCCAGAGUCGCCAAUGCCCAUUCAUUUAUCAUUAAGCUUCCUGAUGGCUUUGAAACUCAGGUUGGGGAGAGAGGCUUGCAGCUCUCUGGAGGACAAAAACAAAGGAUUGCUAUUGCCAGGGCAAUGCUUAAGAACCCGGCAAUACUGCUUUUAGAUGAAGCCACUAGUGCAUUAGAUUCUGAAUCAGAAAAGCUCGUCCAAGAAGCUCUUGACCGGUUUAUGAUCGGCAGAACAACUCUUGUUAUUGCCCACCGUCUCUCCACAAUUCGCAAGGCUGAUCUUGUGGCUGUACUUCAACAAGGAAGUGUAUCAGAGAUUGGAACCCAUGAUGAACUUAUGGGCAAAGGCGAAAAUAGUGUUUAUGCCAAGCUCAUUCGCAUGCAAGAAACGGCUCAUGAAACAGCCAUGCAUAAUGCCAGAAAGAGUAGUGCCAGGCCUUCAAGUGCCAGAAACUCAGUUAGUUCACCAAUUAUUGCACGGAAUUCUUCAUAUGGUCGUUCACCUUAUUCACGUCGGCUCUCUGAUUUCUCCACUUCUGAUUUUAGUCUCUCUAUUGAUGCCACCCAUGGAAGUUACAGGCCUGAGAAGUUGGCUUUCAAGGAGCAAGCCAAUUCCUUUUGGCGUCUUGCUAAAAUGAAUGCUCCUGAAUGGCCUUAUGCUUUGGUUGGUUCUGUGGGCUCCGUUAUCUGUGGUUCACUCAGUGCCUUCUUUGCCUAUGUUCUUAGUGCUGUCCUUAGUGUCUACUACAACCCAGACCAUGCUUUUAUGAUCAGAGAAAUUGCCAAGUAUUGCUACUUACUAAUUGGACUUUCAUCUGCUGCCCUCAUCUUUAACACGCUACAGCAUUUCUUCUGGGAUGUGGUUGGGGAAAAUCUGACGAAAAGGGUUAGGGAGAAAAUGAUGGCAGCUGUGAUAAAAAAUGAGAUGGCAUGGUUUGAUCAGGAAGAAAAUGAGAGUGCCCGAAUCGCUGCUAGGCUUUCUCUUGAUGCUAAUAAUGUUCGAUCGGCUAUUGGAGACAGGAUUUCUGUUAUAAUGCAGAACUCCGCUCUUAUGCUUGUUGCUUGUACUGCCGGGUUCGUUUUGCAAUGGCGUCUUGCUCUUGUACUUAUUGCAGUCUUCCCUGUUGUCGUUGCUGCUACUGUUCUGCAGAAAAUGUUUCUGAAAGGUUUCUCUGGAGACCUUGAAGCGGCUCAUGCCAAGGCUACACAGUUGGCAGGAGAAGCAGUGUCAAAUGUCAGAACUGUAGCUGCUUUCAACUCGGAAACGAAAAUUGUUGGCCUUUUCACUAGAAAUCUUGAAAUUCCUUUACGGCGUUGCUUCUGGAAGGGACAGAUUGCAGGUAGUGGAUACGGAAUAGCUCAAUUUGCUCUUUAUGCUUCAUAUGCUCUUGGUCUCUGGUACGCUUCUUGGCUUGUGAAGCAUGGAAUCUCUGAUUUUUCUAAGACAAUUCGGGUUUUCAUGGUCCUUAUGGUAUCUGCCAAUGGAGCUGCUGAGACAUUAACCCUAGCACCCGAUUUCAUCAAGGGAGGACGUGCAAUGAAGUCUGUGUUUGAACUUCUUGAUCGAAAAACUGAAAUUGAACCUGAUGAACAGGAUGCAACACUGGUUCCUGAACGCCUUCGUGGAGAGGUAGAACUCAAGCAUGUUGACUUUUCCUAUCCCACACGUCCUGACAUAUCUGUCUUCCAAGACAUCAACUUGCGGGCACGAGCAGGGAAGACUCUUGCCUUAGUAGGCCCCAGUGGAUGUGGUAAGAGUUCUGUGAUUUCCUUAGUGCUGAGAUUUUACGAUCCAUCAUCUGGGAGAGUUAUGAUUGAUGGUAAGGACAUCCGAAAGUAUAACCUCAAGUCCCUAAGGCAGCACAUGGCAUUAGUCCCACAAGAACCUUGCCUCUUUGCCACCACAAUAUAUGAAAACAUCAAGUAUGGCAACGAAAAUGCAACAGAAACUGAGAUAAUAGAAGCAGCAACCCUAGCAAAUGCUCACAAGUUCAUAUCAGCCAUGCCUGAGGGCUACAAGACCCAGGUAGGGGAGAGAGGAGUUCAAUUGUCCGGGGGACAAAAGCAGAGGAUUGCACUUGCCAGGGCAUUUGUGAAAAAGGCAGAGAUAAUGUUGCUCGAUGAAGCUACGAGUGCACUUGAUGCAGAGUCAGAGAGGUCUGUUCAGGAUGCAUUGGACCGUGCAUGCUCAGGGAAGACGACGAUUGUGGUGGCCCACAGGCUAUCAACUAUUAGAAAUGCCCAUGUUAUUGCUGUUAUUGAUGAUGGGAAAGUAGCGGAACAAGGAUCACAUUCACACCUGUUAAAAAACUAUCCAGAUGGGUGUUACGCCAGAAUGAUACAGUUACAAAGGUUCUCACACGGUCAGGCCAUAGGGAUGGCAUCAGGAUCAACCUCUUCCACACGACCACGAGAAGAUGAGGGGAGGGAAAACUGAUGCUGAAAAAAGGUGGAAGAAUUUCCAAAUUUAGUAAAAAGAUAGGAAAAGGAAAGGAAGAGGAAAAAAAAAGUAUACCCACAUAUCCCUUCUCAUCAGUUUGGAAUUCUUGAUUUUUGCUGUCAUAUAUAGCUUCUUGUGUAUGUGUUAUCUAAUUUAGCUUAUGAAAUAUAGUAAUUUUAUCCAAAAGGUUCAUCGUUUGGAUCCAACUUCCUAGCUAUUGUACAUGCAACACAUCCGAAAGGUAUCGAUCCGCCCUGAUUUGGUCACUAGGAUUUAGUACGGGUACAGAUUCCACAUAUAUGUAAUUCGAGUGAUGAAUUGUCAUAUUGAUGAUGAAUACAUGAAAUGAAGUUUUUAAAUGACAUGAA